AGCCAUGCCUGCAGGGGUGCUGUGCAGCCUCUUCCUCGCCUCGCUCUUCCUGCUGCGGGCCUGGGCCCAGGGCUUCGGCCAGACGCGCUUCAUCUGCACCUCCGUGCCGCUGGAUAUGGACAUGUGCACCUCCUCGCUGCAGGGCGGCGGCACCGCCGAGGAGCUCAAGAGCACGGUCCUGCAGCUCCGGGAGACGGUGCUCCAGCAAAAGGAGACCAUCAUGAACCACAAGGAGACCAUCCGGGAGCUGACCACCAAACUGGGCAGGUGUGAGAGCCAGAGCUCGCUGGAGACGGGCCCCAGCGAGCCCAAAACGGGCGGGGGAGCCAGCCGCAAGCAGAACGGCGCGUCCAAAAACACCAUGGGGGAUCUGUCCCGGGCGCCGGCUGCCGAGACCUUGAGCCAACUUGGGCAAACUUUGCAGUCACUUAAGACAAGGCUAGAAAACCUAGAGCAGUUCAGCCGGCUGAAUUCCUCCGGCCAGACCGGCAACCUGAAGGACAUGCUGCAAACCAAAAUAGACGACUUGGAGAAGCAGGUUCUGUCCCGCGUGAACAACCUGGAGGAAGGGAAGUUAAACCCGAAGAACGAGUCGGAGGAAAGAAGCAAGAUCGAGAGCACGUUAACGUCCCUGCACCAACGGAUCAGCGACCUGGAGAAAGGGCAGAAAGACAACCGGCCCACCGACAAGUUCCAGCUGACCUUCCCGCUGCGCACCAACUACAUGUACGCCAAGGUGAAGAAGAGCCUGCCCGAGAUGUACGCCUUCUCCGUGUGCAUGUGGAUCAAGUCCAACGCCUCGCCGGGCGUGGGGACCCCUUUCUCCUACGCCGUGCCCGGCCAGGCCAACGAGCUGGUCCUCAUCGAGUGGGGCAACAACCCCAUGGAGAUCCUCAUCAACGACAAGGUCGGCCGGCCCCUGGGCGCUCCGCUCCGCGCGCGGGGGGUCCCCUGGGGUGGGUGGCGCGUCUCUUCUCUCCCCCCGGCCCUUGCUCUGCUGAGUGACUGGCGGAGCCCGGCCCCGGAGGCUGCGACCUCCGGGCCAGGACAAACCAACCCACCCCCGCCUUGCCACUAGCCA